GAGACUGAUCUCAUCUGAGCAAUCUGAAAAUUCCACCAGGCUUACUUUGGACCACAGUCCAUCCAGUAGUGCAGGAUCUUCCUCCUCUCAUUCUCCCUUACCCCACAAGUCACCUUUGUUGCCAGGGGCUAGACGAUGUAGUCCUCAGCUCUCGCGGCAGACUCAUCAUUCCAGAGAUUUGUUGCCAAGCAAUGGUGAGUUCAGUAGCACACAUGCUCUGUACAACCAGAAUGCUGCGGAUAAGAGAAGAGGAGGAGUGGGAGGAAAGAGGACUGUGGAAAUAUCAGCUGCUUCAUACAGCCAGCAAAGAGAUUUUACAGCAGAAAUGAGCACGGACUGGACUCACAACAGUGACAGUGAAGCCAUAGAAGAGCUUUCUGAGCAAACAGCUAAAGCUUGCACUGUGAAGGAUACCAGAAGGAAGACCAUGAACUCACAACAGCCUAAUUCUGAAGGAGACCAGGAUAUCCACAUGAACCACAGGGUGCUGAGAAAUGGAGAAUGCUCACAGACAAUCUGCCACAGUCUCAAAAUCAUCAAAAAUAUUGCCUUCCUGUACCAGGAAUACCGAGACACCUCCAAGCAGCAGGAGAUUGAGCAGCGGCGUCAGCGUGACAACCUUUUUCCUGGGGUCAAGGCAGGGACUAUGGGGACAGACUCUGGUGUAAUGUCUCCACCAGUGUUACAGCUGCAGCUGAGGAAUAGUGCUCAGUCACUGACCUUGUGGCAGAACCUGGAAGCUGUGCAGGCAAGCGGUCUGCUUACUCAGUUACCGCACAAAGAAAUUAUAAUGCAAGAGGCCAUGUUUGAGCUGGUCACUUCAGAGGCAUCCUACUACAAGAGUCUGGAAAUUUUAGAGACACAUUUCCUACGUAACCCUGUUUUAGUGAACACGCUAAGCCAGUCCGACAUGCAUUUUCUGUUUUCCAACAUCGAGGAAGUGAUGAAAGCCAGUGAAAGGUUCCUGAUGGAUCUUGAACACCGAAUUGAGAAGUCUAUUUUGAUUCCUGAUGUGUGUGACAUUGUUUAUUACCAUGCAGCAAAACACUUCAAUGUGUUUAUCACAUACGUCAUUAAUCAGGCGUACCAGGAGAAGAACUACAGACGCAUUUUAGACGGAAACCAGCAAUUUCGGGACACUAUGGCUACACUAGAAAACCAUUCAUGUGUCAAGGGCCUGUCCUUUACAUCUUUCCUCAUCCUUCCUUUUCAAAGGAUUACAAGGCUCAAGCUUCUUGUUCAGAACAUUCUGAAAAAAGCUGAAGAAAACUCAGAGAGGGAAGCAAAUGCCAUAAAAGCACAUCAUGAACUGGAGAAGAUUGUAAAAGAGUGUAAUGAAGGGGUGCGGAAAAUGAGUCGCACCGAGGAGCUUAUCAGCAUUGAAAAGACACUUGAGUUUAAAUCCAAGUCUGUGCCCAUCAUUUCCCACUCACGCUGGUUGCUAAAGAAGGGCGACGUACAGCAAAUGGGUGGACCAAAGAGUACUAGGACCAUGCGAAGCCGUAAGCUCUACCAGCCUGUCUACCUGUUCCUUUUCAAUAAUCUGUUGCUGGUCACCAAACGCAGUGGGGACAAGUUCCAGGUUAUUGACUCCUGUACACGGGCCAUGUUGAGAACAGAAGAUCUUGAAGACCAAGGUCAGCAACUGGCCAAUGUUUUUAAUCUUAAGCUGCUUGAGAACCAAGAUGAGCGUGAGGUCAACUAUAUGCUCAAGACCUCCAGUAUGAGUGAUAAGCUUCGAUGGAUAUGUGCACUCACUCCUAACCGGCGCACACGCUUCAUGUCUACUAGUGCCCACCAACCAGAUUCUCCACAGGUGCAGUGUAUUCAGUCAUACUCAGCUCAGGAACCAGAUGAACUCUCUACUGAAAUGGCUGAUGUUCUGAACCUCCUAGAGAGAACAGAUGAUGGCUGGAUGAUGGGUGAACGGCUCCAUGAUGGUGAAAGGGGAUGGUUCCCUAGUCGAGUAGCAGAGGAAAUCCAGAACAAGGAAGUCCGAGCUCAGAACCUGAGAGAAGCCAUCAGGAUCCAACAGGCCCAUGAAGGUGGCCUUCAUGCUGGAGCCAAGAGUGGCGUAAGGGCAGGAAGACAUGCACCAAAAGGCUCCAUCUUCUCCAAAUCAUGAAGUAAUCAAAUGGGGGCAGCAGUGAAGAAUAGCAGUUAAUUUAUAACAGUAAUGUAACUUUAUUUUUAGACAAUUGCAUCAUAUGCCCUCACAACAAAAAAUACUUUUGAAACUCCACAAUUGUAGCGUGAAAAGGGAAAAAAAAUAUAGUACUUGAGUCAAAAACUCAAACCAGUGAUAUUCUUUCAGGGCAAGCAAGGCAGAUAAAACUAAAACUAAAAGUCACCAUGCACAACUGGUGCAAGAAAUGCUUCAUAUUGCAUAAAUGUUUACAUGUGUUUGCAGGACCGCACAUUUGUGUGCAAUGGAUUAAUAAGUUAAAUGUUGUCAAACCCCCUUAUUGAGAAGGUUUUAAAACUGUAAAGCUGUAGUCAUUUCAUUAUAAAGUUACUUUCAUUACACUUACAUAAAAAGACCCAACACACUACAAAUGGACAAAAUGAUGAAAAGAUGUUCAUCAAUUUACAGAAUUUACGGAAACUAUAACAAUAAAAACAAAGAACGCUUUGUUUUGUUUCUCUUUGGCGGUCAAGCUAUCUAUCACUGUAUAUUAUAAAGUUUUCAAUUAUUAAAUUAAAUCUUGUAUCAGCAACCAAGAAGGAGGACCUAAUGCUGACUUCAGUUUAAUGAGUUCAACAGAAUGCAUUCAAGAACUAAAAUGUACUCAGAAAUAAGAUUCCUAGUGUUCAUUUAAACUCACUCUGUUUUGUCUCAAGUUUCACAUACAAUAAGCUCUACCCUCUUUAGACUGACAACUAAUGAAAAAGAAAUUUGACAACUUCUGAUUACAACAUUGCCAGUGAUUUGUAUGUCAAGACCACUCUGCUGCUCUCCAUUUCUCUAUAACCAUCAUUAUCUGCUUGAUUCGUUGCAGACCUGUACUAUA